CACCUGCCGCAGCCCGCCCGCUGGCUCUCGGGCCUCUGCUCUCCAGAAGACACUGCCUAGCACUAGAAGGUGAGGCCUGCUCUAAAAGCAUCUCCAUAGAGUUGAGCCCAGAAGUUCAAGAUAGCCUAGGCAACAAAGCUCUGGGUGCUCUGGGAUGGAGCAGGAGUGCAGAGGGUGAGGACCCAGCUCUUGGGACCACAUCACGUGCUUCCUUCCUUUGCAAGACUGUCGGCUUGAGCAAACUCAGGCGUGGGAUGAGGAUGUCUCUGGGCCUCUCGCUGCUGCCCCCCUACUGGGGGAGGAUCUUUCUCCUUCUCCACUCCGUGGCCACAGUUCGGUGUCACUGGCCCAGCGAACCUUCAGAAGCUGUUAGGGACUGGGAGAACCAGCUUGAGGCAUCCAUGCACUCAGUGCUCUCAGACCUCCAUGAGGCUGCUCCCACCGUGGUUGGCAUUCCUGAUGGCACGGCUGUCGUCGGACGCUCAUUUCGAGUGACCAUUCCAACAGAUUUAAUUGCCUCUAGUGGAGAAGUCAUUAAGGUGUCAGCAGCAGGGAAGGAAGCCUUGCCAUCUUGGCUACAUUGGGACGCACAGAGCCAUACACUGGAAGGCCUCCCCCUUGACACCGAUAAGGGCGUACAUUACAUCUCAGUGAGUGCUGCACGCCUCGGGGCCAAUGGGAGUCAUGUUCCACAGACCUCCAGUGUGUUCUCCAUUGAAGUCUACCCUGAAGACCAUAGUGAGCCACAGUCUGUGCGGGCAGCCUCCCCAGACCCAGGUGAGGUGGCGCCAUCUGUCUGUGCUGCUGACGAGCCAGUGACUGUCCUGACAGUGAUUCUGGAUGCUGACCUCACAAAGAUGACCCCACAGCAAAGGAUCGAUCUCCUAAACAGGAUGCGCAGUUUCUCAGAAGUAGAGCUUCACAACAUGAAAUUGGUGCCGGUAGUGAAUAAUAGACUCUUCGACAUGUCGGCCUUUAUGGCUGGCCCAGGCAAUGCAAAGAAAGUGGUCGAGAAUGGGGCUCUGCUCUCCUGGAAGCUGGGUUGUUCCCUAAACCAAAACAGUGUGCCUGAUAUUCGUAGUGUGGAGGCCCCUGCUAGGGAGGGUGCUAUGUCUGCCCGGCUUGGCUACCCUGUGGUGGGUUGGCACAUUGCCAAUAAGAAGCCCACUCUCCCUAAACGAAUUCGGAGGCAGAUCCAUGCCACACCCACACCUGUUACUGCCAUUGGACCCCCGACCACGGCCAUUCAGGAGCCACCAUCCAGGAUCGUGCCCACCCCUACAUCUCCAGCCAUUGCACCUCCAACAGAGACCACGGCUCCUCCUGUCAGGGAUCCUGUUCCUGGGAAGCCCACGGUCACCAUUCGGACUCGAGGUGCCAUUAUUCAGACUCCAACCCUGGGCCCUAUCCAGCCCACUCGGGUGUCAGAAGCUGGCACCACAGUGCCUGGCCAGAUUCGCCCAACAUUGACCAUUCCUGGCUAUGUGGAGCCUACAGCAGUUGCUACUCCUCCAACAACUACCACCAAAAAACCACGAAUAUCCACGCCAAAACCAGCAACGCCUUCAACUGAUUCCUCAACCACCACAACUCGCAGGCCAACCAAGAAACCACGGACACCCCGACCUGUGCCCCGGGUUACCACCAAAGCUCCCAUCACCAGACUGGAAACUGCCUCCCCGCCUACUCGCAUCCGCACUACCACUAGUGGAGUCCCCCGUGGGGGAGAGCCCAACCAACGGCCAGAGCUCAAGAACCACAUUGACAGGGUAGAUGCCUGGGUGGGCACCUACUUCGAGGUGAAGAUCCCAUCAGACACCUUCUAUGACAUUGAGGACACCACCACGGACAAGCUAAAGCUGACCCUGAAGCUGCGGGAGCAGCAGCUGGUGGGCGAGAAGUCGUGGGUGCAGUUCAACAGCAACAGCCAGCUCAUGUACGGCCUGCCUGACAGCAGCCAUGUGGGAAAACACGAGUAUUUCAUGCAUGCUACAGACAAGGGGGGCCUAUCUGCCGUGGAUGCCUUCGAAAUCCAUGUUCACAAGCGCCCUCAAGGAGACAAAGCUCCUGCAAGGUUCAAGGCCAAGUUUUCGGGUGAUCCGACAUCAGUGGUAAAUGACAUCCACAAGAAAAUUGCCUUAGUGAAGAAGCUGGCCUUUGCCUUUGGGGACCGGAACUGCAGCACUGUCACCCUUCAGAACAUCACCCGAGGUUCCAUCGUGGUGGAAUGGACCAAUAACACGCUGCCCAUGGAGCCCUGCCCCAAGGAGCAAAUCACAGGGCUGAGCCGCAGGAUUGCAGAGGAUAAUGGGAAACCCCGGCCUGCUUUCUCCAAUGCCCUCGAGCCUGACUUUAAGGCCAUGAGCAUUUCUGUGACUGGCUCUGGCAGUUGCCGACACCUACAGUUCAUCCCUGUGGGACCACCCAUUCCAGGGACCUCAGAGUCGCCGCCCACCGAGGUGCCAGACAGGGACCCUGAGAAGAGCAGUGAGGAUGAUGUUUACCUGCACACAGUCAUUCCAGCCGUUGUGGUUGCAGCCAUCCUGCUCAUUGCUGGAGUUAUCGCCAUGAUCUGCUACCGCAAGAAGCGGAAGGGCAAGCUGACUCUCGAGGACCAGGCCACCUUUAUCAAGAAGGGCGUGCCUAUCAUCUUCGCAGACGAGCUGGAUGACUCCAAGCCCCCGCCCUCCUCUAGCAUGCCGCUCAUCUUGCAGGAGGAGAAGGCUCCCCUCCCUCCUCCUGAGUACCCCAACCAGAGUGUGCCCGAGACCACUCCUCUGAACCAGGACACCGUGGGAGAGUACACGCCCCUACGGGAUGAGGAUCCCAAUGCACCUCCCUACCAGCCUCCCCCACCCUUCACAGCUCCCAUGGAGGGCAAGGGCUCCCGUCCCAAGAACAUGACCCCAUACCGGUCACCCCCUCCGUAUGUCCCCCCUUAACCCACAAGCGCCUGGGUGGAGGCAGGGUUAGGGCAGGGGGAUAGAGACAACUCGGUGUUGUCUACGGAGAUCGGUGUCCCUCAGACCAGCGCCCACCGGUAGCCAACACCCGACCUAGCACACACUGACACACGGGGCCUGGAUAAGCCCGCCCUCUCUGGUCCUCCCAAACCCCAAAGCUGCUGGAGAGACUUUGGGGACUUUUUUAUUUUUAUUUUUUGCCUAACAGCUUUUUGUUUGUUCAUAGAAAAUUCUUCGCUGCAUUUUUGAUGGCUGGCUCUGAAAGCACUGUUUGAGUCGAGGUAGAAAGAGGGAGCGAGGAACCGUGAAUGAACUUGCAGGCAAUGCUGGGUGGCCCCCCAGCUGCCUGCGUUUUGCCUUUAACACUAACUGUACUGUUUUUUCUAUUCACGUGUGUCUAGCUGCAGGAUGUAACAUGGAAAACAGUAGCUAAAGAUUAAAUUCAAAGGACUUUCAGAAGUUAAGGUUAAGUUUUUACAUUUAAUCUGCUGUUUACCUAAACUUGUAUGUAUAAUUUUUGGGUGGGUAUGGGGAAUUGCUUUGCUAAAAAUAAGCUCCCAGGGUGUUUCAAACUUAGAGAAGACCAAGGGACAGUAUUUUUUAUCAAAGGAAUCCUAUUUUUUCACACUACGUCAACUUGGUUGCUCUGAUACCCCAGAGCCUGACUGGGGGGGGGGGGGCUCCUGGUCCUGGCUUGGGUGCCAGGGCCCUGGUGCUGGGUUUGCUCUCCCGCUGUUGCCAGGGGCUGGAAGCUGGAAGGGCCUCUUAGGCCAUGGACAUCUCCACCUCCACCCCAUGUAUGCUAGUGGCCCACCACCAAGGGGGUCUUCAUUUCCAUGGAAAAGGGACUCCAAGAGGCAGUGGUGGCUGCAGCCCCCAACCUAGGUGCUCCAAGGUGGGCCAGCUGCUCAUGGGGGCACCUGGGAAGGUCGAAGGAUUCGACCACAUCAACCUAUUUUCUUUUUCCCUUCUCCUCCCACCCCACCCUCCUAAAAGGAAUAUCAUGGUUUUUGAAACACUCAGUGGGGGACAUUUUGGUGAAGAUGCAAUAUUUUUAUGUCAUGUGAUGCUCUUUCCUCACUUGACCUUGGCCUGGUCACUUUGUCCCAACAGUCCACAGCCCCACUUCAACCCACCCUGUCCCUUUUCUCUGGCACUCCAGUCCCACCCAGGCCUUGGGCCUGAAUGACUGGAAAAGGCCUGGUGGCUGGGGAGGAGUGCCAGCAAUAGUUCAUAGUAAAAAUCUGUGGGCUCUCAAAGCUAAUUUUUUACUAAAGUUUUUAUACAGCCUCCAAUUGUUUUAUUAAAAAAAAUUAAAAAUGGUGAUGCUUAACAGCAGUUUGUACAAGCUCUUAGUGUUGAUUCCAUGGAACUGAUGGCUUUGCUCAUUUUCAUUUUCUCCCUCUUCUUUUCCUAACGGGUUAAAUUCUGGAAUUACACUGAGGCUUCUUUGCCUUUUUUUUUAGCAGAACAUCCGUCCGUCCAUCUGCAUCUCUGUCCCAUGACUCAGGGGCACCUCCUUUGGAAGAAAACAUUUUGAGCAUGACUUUUCUUGACAUCUGAGUUAUUUUGGGUACCUUUUAGGGAGGAAUGCCUUUUGCAAUAAUGUACCCCUUCCCUGACUUAGGGUGGGAGGGUGGGUGGGUGAACCCAGGCUCCCUUUGUACUCGGAGCUUCUAAGCCAUAUCGACUGUUUUGCAGAUGAUGUGCUUGCUGCCUCAGGAGGGGAAGGCAGGCCAGCAGGAGUGUGCUGCUCUCCAAAGGGAGGUUCCUCAUGCACCUUCUCACACAGGGCCUACCUCUCCUGCCCCAGCCCCAGCAGGGUUCUUUAGAGUGAUCAGUGCCCCCAUAGGGGGAAUCUGUAGUGAGGACUUCAUGGAUGGCUCGUGACAGGGUCUUGUGCUUCCAAGCCCUGGUCCGAGCAGGAGUUUUCCUGAUGCCUGAGAGUCAUGAGCAAGGGAUCUGACCUGAUGAGAUUAUUUCUGGUGACCUCGUCAAAUAAAACAAAACAAUCCCCAGUGUUCCAGGUGAGGGCUUUGAAAAGCCUUCCAAAUAGUUCCGUUGCCCUUAGCAACUCCACCAUUGGGCAUUGCUGUGCAGAGAGGAGGCUGGCCCAGAGUGGCCUGUUGCCAUAGCAACCGAAGGCAAUGGGGCAGUGAACAGAAUAACAACAGCAACAAUGCCUUUGCCGGCAGCCUCCUCCCUGAGCCCCGAGCUGGCGAUGGACGCUGGACUUGAGACGGAGAGCCAAUCUCACAUCCAAGUGUUCACCAACCACUGACGUGUUUUUAUUUCCUUCUAUAUGAUUUUAAGAUGUGUUUUCUGCAUUCUGUAUAGAAACAUAUCAAACUAAAUAAAAGCAGUGUCUUUAUUACAAUG